UGCGGGACUCCGGGAAGUCCUGAGGCCUCUCGGCGCCCCGGAUUAAGUUGCAGCGGUUGGCGCUUUGGGCGUUCUCAACCCCCCCCCUCAAUCCCUCAAAGGCUCUGGCGCCUCCUUUCUCUCACAGCCGCGUCCUGGUGGAUGGGCUUCCCCUGGUGAUCUUCGCCGUGGGUCUCUCACCUUGGGCCUGGGCCGCUGCCCUCCCGGCCGAAGGGGCGUGUGGCGGUGAGGUAGCCGGUGAGCGGGGGAUCCUUGAAUGCAACCGAGACAAGCUCAGCAGGCAUCAAGAUUGACAACAAUGAAUCUGGUGUGAAGACCUUUUGAUUAAGCAAUUUUAUAUAGAUUGUUGGCUCUGAGCCUUAUUUUGUGGCUAGUAUAAUUGGUGCAUAUAAUUAAAAUGAAUCCUGGAUUUGUACAACUACCCCCAGUAUUGGGGAGGACUUUGCUGGUUCUGACAAUGAUUACUUCAGCUAAGUGCCAUUGGCCCAGUGAAACCUCAGAAGUUGUACGGGACUGGGAACAUCAGUUAGAAGCCUCCAUGCAUAUGGUGCUUUCGGACCUCCGUGAGAGUGCACCAGCAGUGGUGGGAAUUCCAGACAGCUCUGCUGUGGUAGGUCGCACCUUCAGAGUCACCAUCCCUACAGAACUUAUAGCUUCAAAUGGAGAGAUUAUCCAGAUUGCUGAAGCUGGAAAAGAAUCCUUGCCUUCUUGGUUGCACUGGGAACCGGAGAGCAGAACCUUGGAAGGUCUCCCACUUGAAACAGAUAAAGGCAUUCAUUAUAUCUCAGUGACUGCAGUGCAUCUGGUAUCUAAUGGAAGCUAUGUGCCCCAAACCACCAAUGUCUUUUCAAUUGAAGUUCAUCCUGAAGAUCAUAAUGAACCUCAGUCAGUACGGGUGGCUUUACAAGAUGUGAAUGAAGCAUCACCAUUUGUGUGUAGUGCUGAGGAACCAGUCACCAUCUUGACUGUCAUUUUGGAUGCUGACUUAACAAAAAUGACACCAAAGCAGAGGAUUGAACUUUUGAACAGAAUGAAAACCUUCUCAGAAGUGGAACUUUAUAACAUGAAAUUAGUUCCUGUUGUAAAUAAUAGACUCUUUGACAUGUCAGCCUUCAUGGCUGGGCCAGGGAAUGCUAAGAAGGUGGUGGAAAAUGGAGCCUUGCUAUCAUGGAAACUGGGUUGUUCACUGAGCCAAAACAGUGUUCCCAACAUAAGUAAUGUUGAAUCUCCAGCUAAGGAAGGAACAAUGUCUGCUCAUCUUGGUUACCCUGUGGUUGGUUGGCACAUUGCAAACAAGAAACCUAAUCUUCCAAAGAGAAUAAGACGGCAGAUUAAUGCUACACCAACGCCUGUGACUGCUGUUGGACCUCCAACAUCUGCCCCCCAAGAACCACCAAGUAGAAUUGUUCCAACACCAACUUCUCCAGCCAUUGCACCUCCUACUGAAACGAGAGCACCUCCAGUAAGAGAGCCUGUACCAUUGCCUAAGAAACCCACAGCUACUAUUAGAACAAGAGGUGCUAUUAUUCAGACACCCACUCUUGUCCUAGUCCCAACCAGAACAGUAGAAGUAGAUACUAUUACUUCUGGCCAGAUUCGACCAACAACGCCUGGGCAGGUAGACGCUACUGCUGUUGUUACACCUCCCACAACAAAGAAGCCCAAAGGAACAACUCCAAAAGUAUCAACACCCUCAACAACUGAUACAGGAACAACACGAAGACCAAGACCUUCAAAAACUCCUCGACCUCCAAAGCCUCCUCGGACUACUAAACCAAGCAUUGUUGAAAAAACAGUUUCACCACCAACUCGUAUUCGCACUACUACAGUUGGAAUUCCCCGUGUGCCCAAUGAUCCACCAGUGUUGAAAAACCAUAUUGACAGGGUAGAUGCAUGGGUAGGCACAUACUUUGAGCUCAAAAUACCUUCUGACACUUUCUAUGACAAAGAAGAUACUACCACUGAUAAACUACAACUGACUAUGAAAUUAGAAAAUGAGAAAGCUUUGGAGGAAAGCUCCUGGGUGCAGUUCAAUAGCACUAGUCAACUAAUGUACGGAUUACCUAAUCACACCCAUGAAGGCAGACAUGAGUUUUUUAUGCAUGCUACAGACAAAGGUGGCCUUUCAGCUGUGGAUGCUUUUGAAAUAUUUGUCCACACUCUUGAAGAUGAUGAGAUACCUCCAGUUAAAUUUAAGGCCAGAUUCCAUGGAGACCAUAAUAUAGUAGCCAAUGACAUUAAUAAAAAAAUUAUGUUGGUAAAGAAGUUGGCAUUUGCUCUUGGUGAUAGAAACAGUAGUACUAUUACCAUAGAGAAUAUUGGCAAAGGUUCUAUUUUAGUUGAAUGGACAAAUAAUACUCUGCCUUUGGAUCCAUGCCCCAAAGAAAAGAUUCUCAUCUUGAGUAGAAAAAUUUCUGAUGAAUCUGGAGUUCCAAGCACAGUCUUUUCAAAUACCCUAGAACCAGAAUUUAAGCCCAUCGAUAUUUCUGUAGUUGGUGCUGGUAGCUGCAAACACAUUCAGUUUAUUCCUGUGACUAAAGAUGGCUUCCCUACAACUGUCCGUCCCACAGAAAUUGUUCAACGAGAUCCGGAAAAGACAAGUGAAGACGAUGUUUACCUGCACACCGUAAUUCCUGCAGUAGUGGUGGCAGCCAUUUUGCUUAUAGCUGGCAUUAUUGCUAUGAUUUGUUAUCGCAAAAAGAGAAAAGGCAAACUCACUAUAGAAGACCAGGCCACCUUUAUCAAGAAAGGAGUACCAAUAAUCUUUGCAGAUGAGCUGGAUGACUCCAAACCUCCCCCUUCCUCUAGCAUGCCAUUGAUUCUGCAGGAAGAAAAGGCUCCUCUCCCUCCCCCUGAGUAUCCAAAUCAAAAUAUGCCAGAAACAACUCCACUGAACCAGGAUGUCAUAGGCGAGUAUACCCCUUUGCGGGAUGAAGACCCUAAUGCCCCUCCUUAUCAGCCUCCCCCUCCUUUCACAACACCCAUGGAGGGUAAAGGUUCCCGCCCGAAGAACAUGACCCCAUACAGGUCUCCACCUCCCUAUGUCCCUCCUUAAUGAACCAGAGACAUCCACGGAGAUGGAGCCUUUAGUUCCACACCAGUGUUAUCUAUCGGGAUCAAUGGCCUGCAGAUCUGUUGCCAACUAGAAAACCAACAUUCAGAAUCUCAAACAUUGCCUGAUCCCAGCAGGCCCCUCUCCGAGUGCAUUUGCAAAACCAGAGUGCUUGUGGAACUUUUGGGACACUGAUUUUAUUUUUGCCUAACAGCUUAUGUUUUGUUUAUUCAUAGAAAAAAAAAUCCUUCUUGGCUCAAAAUAUUUCUGACAGCAGGCGUCUCAAAGCAUUUUGUGCAAAGGGAGACUGGACAUGCAGGCAGCACUAGGGGUGGCACACUGGGUCGGUCUCUGCUGUUUGCCUUUAAAACUAACUGUACUGUCUUUUCUAUUCACGUGUGUCUAGCUACAGGGCAUAACAUGAAACAUAGCCUAAGAAUUAAAUUCAAAGGACUUUAUGAAAUCAAUAUUAAGUUUUUACACUUAAUUACUGUUACCGAAACGUAUCUGUAUAGAUUUGGGAAAGGAGGGAAGUGCUUUACUACAAAUAAGCUCAAAGGGUGUUUCCAAUGCCAAUCAGGCUGAGGAACCAUCUUUUUUUAUCAAAGGAAUCCUAUUUUUUCACAUAUUAUACAGUUCAAUCAUCACCUGGGGUCCUUUCUGCAAACUGUAGCGCUCUUGUUUCUCUAGCCUGCUGUUGCUUGACAGAUGGCACAAGUAUCUUUAACAACGGAGUUUGAAGUACCUUUGCCAUUAUCAAAAAGCAGAAUUAUGGAGUAAUGUUGCUGCCUUUUGGAAAGUGGAGGCCCAACAGUGGUAUCUGUAGACUGCAAAGGGUCAUGGUGCUGCACUGAGAUUUUUCCAUCUGGAAGGUAUACUUUGGCUUUUGAAACACUCUUGAGGUAUUUUGGUGAAGAUGCAAUAUUUUUACGGAGUGUAAGGCGGUUUCCUUAUAUGAACUCCUUCUGGGCCCACAGUAUUGGAACAGCCCCUUGUCCCCCCUACCGUUCCGGUUGUCCCAGCUCACUCCCUCACUGUUUUCUAUUGCAUACUGAUGCAGUAGAACCGGCCUGACCUAUGGCAAAAGUAAUAACAGAUGCCAGAAGCAGUUCUUAAUAAACAUCAAUGAACUCUCAGCUCUAAUUUUUUUACUAAAUUUUUGAUACAGCGUCAAAUUUUAUUAAUUAUAAAAAAUAAUUAAUAGUGGUAAUGCUGCCAGCAGUUUGUAUGAGCUUAGCUUCUUAGUAUCAAUUCACUGGGUCUGAUGCUAUGCUCAUGUUGCUUCCCCCCCCCCUUUUUUUUUUUUUUUGGUCUUUCAUUGUUUCAAAUAUUAGAGCCAUGUCUCGGUUUCUUGCCUUUUUUAAAAAAAAACCUGAACUUCCUUCUCGGAAGUUGGAGCUACUCCCAGGGUUGCUCCCAGCUUUUUUUUCUUUAGACAAAAUCAUUUUACGCAUGGAUUUUUUUUUUUCCUUGUCCUUUGAGACUAUCUUGGGUACACUAGAGGGAGGAUAAAUCUUUUGCAAUAAUGAGUCCAUCCCCUGGCUGGGGGCUGGGCAGCCUCUGGCUGACUUUGCACACAAAGCAGACACUUCUAAGCCAUAUUGACUGUUUUGCAAAGUAUUUUUGUGUGCUGACAUGGCCUGUUAACAUGCUAGUGGAUGAAUGGCUAAAAUGACCUUCACCUCUGAACUUGUUACGGUGGCAUUUUUCAUCAAACCUCUUUUGAAAUAUGCGAACAGAAUUUAAAACCUGAAAAUAAAUAUUAAUUUUGCUCUCCCCCAUAGACCUGUGCCCCCACUCCGAGAGGGCUAGAAGGAUAUGUGUUGAAGUGAGGGUAACUAUAGAUUUGCCCUAGAAAGUUUCUUUAUGCCCCCCAAUCCCUGAUGCUUGAAUAUUGUCCUGUGCUUGCUGUAAAGACAAGACAGGCUCUGGGACACUUUUCCCCACCCAAAAGAGGUCAAGGAAGAUCAUUAAGUGGCGUCAGGUAAGGCACAGUGCAUUUGGAUAGAUGCACUUUGGAAGUAGUUAGUAAGCUACUCCUCCCCACUCCCCGAGUUACCACUUUGAUGCCAACAUCUUUACUGGCUGGCCCACAUUUCAAGAUGUCCCCCACUUUUAUCAACACACACAGCCUCCUAAGCCUAAAUGCUGCAAGCUUGAAGGGCCUUCCAAACAGUGCCGUUGUCCCUAGCAACUGAUACCACUUUAUUACUGGUCAUGCGCAAGCGCAAACAAUUUCAGGCCUGGGCCUACCUGUCACCAUAGAAACUGGAGGCAAAGGGGCAGUGAACAGAAUAAUAACAAUGGCAUUCUCAUCAGCUGGUUUCCCCUAAGCACCAGUGCUGUUUGUUUAUGCCACUAGACACUGUAAUGGUGGGAGAAAAUCUUGUAUUAAAAAGUGUUCACCAACCACUGAUGUGUUUUUAUGUCCUUAUAUAAUUAUUUUAAAAUGUGUUUUCUGCAUUAUGUAAAGAAACAUAUCAACUAAAUAAACCAGUGUACUUUACUAUAAA